GCUGGAGAGGAGACGCUUCACACUUUGCGGAGCUUCUUUUUUUUCUGCCUCUGCCUUUUUUCAGCCGAGCCGAGUCGAGAGGAUGAGCGUAUCUGGGCUUCUUCCUCAGCAGCACUUGGUCCUCCAUGCCUCCGUCUGAACAAGUUCGUUUCGGUCUGAUGUUUCCCCUCCGACCGUCAUUUGGGAGAGAAUGCGUCUUCUCGUUUUUGCGACUUUAUUUGGAGUCCUUCUCGACGCAGGAGAUGCCCUUCAGAUCCAGUGCUACCAGUGUGAGGAGAUGAAGCACAAUGACUGCUCCACGCCGGAGUACAUUGUCAACUGCACCGUCAACGUCCAGGACAUGUGCCAGAAAGAGGUGCUGGUCAAACCUGAUGGAAUACAUUAUCGGAAGUCCUGUGCCUCCUCCGGGGCUUGCCUCAUCGCCUCCUCCGGCUACCAACAGUUCUGCACUGGCAGGCUGAACUCAGUCUGCAUCUCCUGCUGCAACACCCCGCUCUGCAACGGGCCCAGGAGGAAGCGUCCCGUCCCUUCUGCGGCGGCGACGUCCGGCAACCAGCUGCUUCUCCUCUUCCUAAACUCCUUUCUGCUGCUGCUGACGCUCCUCCCUGUGACGUAGACUGAGGAUCCCAUCUCGUCUCCACUGUUCACCUUGGAGCCUGUACCUGCAAUCACUGUGGUGAUACACUGAAGGAGCAGAUUUGGACACCACACUGGCUUUGUAUCCUCUCAGCGUCGAGUCAAACUGUUAAUCUGAUCAAUAUAAAACUGUAACCACUGAGAAUGACACUGGAAAAGUGGAGAAGUGGAAGUAUAUCAAGCUUUCUGAAUCAUUUAUCGCUUCUUGUUGCCGGUGGAGGACCAUCCAGUCUGCAAUCGAGGCAUCUCUCAGUUUCUUUGCUUUUUGUGAAGUGUGGAGUGUUUUGUGAGGAAAGUUAUUUUCUGGUUAUUACAUGCUGUAAGAGGUGCUGGUAGAAGUUAUUGUCAGAAAAUGAUAUCUUUGAGCUUUUAUUUUGUGAGCUUUUGUUGAUUUUUGGUUUCAAACAGCACUGUUUGUUUCUUUCAUUGUUGAUGCUGUUGCUGUUGUCGCUCAGAAUAUACAGAUUUUCACAUUUUGAAUUGAUUAUAACAGAACUGACAUCAUGAACCCAAUAUAUAGUCUUCAUAUGUGACAAUGAAGAAGGCACUUUGAUUCAGGCAAAUAUGAAUUUGAAGGGUUCUGACGGUAUCUUGCAUCAUAUUAAUUAUCAUAUAUAUGCAUAUUUUCCACUGCCAAAUAAUAUUGAUUGACAUUUUGCGACUUAAAAAAUGAAGGAUGCUGAAAUGGUUUUUGGAGAGACUAUUUAUGUUAUUGCUUAUCCAUCCUCGCUUUUAUUUAAAGCAAAAAUGUCACAAAAGAAGGUGGUUAAAUGUAUUAAUUAAGCAUUAAUAUCCCAUAUAUUCCUUUGAAAUGAAAUACUAGAAUUGUCUUGGAGCUAUACUUGGAGACACCUGGUACAAUGGGUUAUACAUGACAUAGACAUAGUGCAGUAUAAGAUCAAGCUAAAAGCACAAAUACAUUCUCACUAGAGAAAUGCUUCAGGGUGAUAUCACACUAAUUUCCCUUUAAGUUAAUAUCCCUCAAAAAAUCAAAUCAUAGCUCAUAUUGCAUGUAGCCAAUGCUGUAGACCAAAUACUGUGUGAAUACCAAUGAGAAAUAAUUUGGCUUACAUACUGUAUGGAUCUUAUUUCCAUGUCCAGAUGGGCAUUUUGUCAAAACUGAUAUAUAUUUCCCUCCAAAUUAUUUAUUUGUUUUUAUUUUACUGCUGUCAUUUUAUUGCCUUUUUUCUGCAGUGUACAGUAUAUUAUAUUUAUAUGUAGUGAAUGUGCUGUUGUCAACAACAAUGCAGACAUUCUCCAACUGUAUUUUAAUGCCACACAUGAUGACAGUGUUAAUGGUCUAAAGCAAAAGCCAAGAAAGAAUGUUGUAUAUUAUAUUAUAAGAUGUAUUUCAGAGCAUCGCUUGACUGUUCUGGAGACAAGAUACGUAGAUUUCAGACAGUGAUGGAUCAUCUGAUUAAUGUUCAUGGCAGUUUUUUGACUGGUCUUCUGUGAAGAGUAACACUGUAUUCUGCUGAUAUGUGAUGUAAAUAAAU